GAAGUGGGAAUCAAAAUUAGCAGAGAGACCAAAACAAAAAUCCUGAUUUUGGUGCAAAGGCCAAAAACGCAUUCCAAAUCCUCCGAUUCUGACUUCAAUCGUCUCCGUCUCAGACUUGUAGGGUCAAUUCUGGCCCUUUUUUGAAAUCUCCUCAGCUUCUUACUCCUUAGGGUUUCCGAACAUUUGGGAAUCAAUCGUCGCAGUUUCCGAUGCCUCCGUUCUGGUCGACCACGACCUCGAAGGCGGUGGGGUCCUUACUCUCCCGCGGAAAUGGGUACAGCUCCGCCAGAAAGUUCAAUCGGAUUCGCCGCCUGAGUAGCAUUGCCGGCAUAGAGACCCCGUCGGUUCAGAAAUGGACCGGCGACGACACGUCGCGAGUUUUGGCAAAUCCUUUUCAUGAGCAAAGGAGGCGGUUUUUGGGCUGCGGCGACGGUGAAGAAGGUGGUGUGUUGUCCAAGGUUUACGAGGAGAAGCGCGUCUUGGGGUAUUCUCCUGAGCAGUUAUUCGAUGUGGUUGCUGCUGUAGACUUGUAUCAUGGUUUUGUCCCCUGGUGCCAGCGGUCAGAGAUAAUGCAAACCUAUGCGGAUGGAUCAUUUGAUGCUGAGCUGGAGAUUGGUUUCAAGUUUCUUGUUGAAAGUUACGUGUCCCAUGUUGAAUUAGAAAGACCAAAGCGUAUUAAGACAACUGUGUCAAACAGUACCCUUUUCGAUCAUCUAAUAAACAUCUGGGAAUUCAAUCCUGGACCAGUUCCUGGAGCUUGCAACCUUUAUUUCUUGGUGGAUUUUAAGUUUCAGUCACCACUUUAUAGACAGGUGGCCUCUGUGUUCUUCAAAGAGGUGGUCUCUAAGCUUGUUGGUUCAUUCAAUGACCGAUGCCGGCUGAUAUAUGGACCAGGAGUUCGAGUUCUUGAAAACUCAUAUGGACAAAGUGCAUGAGAGUGAAUUAUUUUUCCCUUGAGUGGACAACAGAUUAAUAUGGAGCUUUAUGGGGUUCAGUCAGACAAUGCUUGAAAUCAAAUUGUUCGCCUUGCCUCUCGGUAGUUUUUGUUACUAUAUGCUGCCGGGAGGAGUCUCCCUUGUCUUCGGUGGAUCAUUAUCCCAUAGGAUGCAGGAUUCCUGCUCAUAUAUGAUCCAGUUUGAUUUGUAGAUCAAUUGAUCAACGUGUACUCAAUUGGAUGACAGUUUUAACAUUACAUUACUAUCUCUUAUUAGUAAAAUUCUGUUGUAGUGGUGAAAAUCAGUCAAACUUUUUAUACUUUUCCUGGAUGAUAAUAUUACCAUCAGCUGAUAAGCGCCGAAUGGCGUAUCGGGAGAAA